UCAUGAUUGCUGCUUUUCCAUGAGCAAAACAGAUUGCAGCUAGGUAUGAAGUCCAGGGAGCUGGUUGCAAGGAAGCAAAGGGAAUGGUAACUCUUUGGCUCUUGACAGCAAAACCCUGGGUUCUGCUUUCCAGUUAGAGCAAAAGGCUUCAAAGUCCCAGCUUAUGGGAUGAUUGAAACAUUCAAAGGGAAGCAAGAACCAGUAAAAUGAGGGUUUCUGCUUGCUGUGGACACACAGCCAGGGAGAUAUCAGAGCACAUGCUUCAGGGCUGGUUUUGGGGCAUGGAAACCCCUUUGGUCCAUGUAAUGGGGGCUCCCAGCAUUCCUCUGGCCACCCUCCUUGGUGAUGGUUCCCGUGGAGAACACUUCCACAUUGUGGUGUGAUGUUGCUGUCAUGGCAACCGGGGUCAGAGCGGUACCCGCCCUCUGAUGGGUUCUUACUGCUCCUGUGCUUCCCACUGGAAAUAGGGCUGUUCUUGGGGAAUAACUGACUGCCAUCGUGGUCCUGCCCCCUGGCUGGAGAGGAACUGCAGCAUCCUGCAGCAGGGUACUGAAUGGGAUGGAAUAGCUCAAGCCAUCUGUUCUUCCCCUACUUAUAAACUGGAUAAGAGGAGCGUGCUUCGUGAUGACAUCCCUACACAUGUUCUCCUUUUAUUCAUUGUGCAGCCAUCUGUGAUGGUUUCCUUAUGUGCCAAAACACCCGAAGGACACGAUCAUACAACCAACCCCUUACCCAGCUUUUGUUUCUCCCCUUGGAAAGCAGGCCUGUCCCCGUGGAGGCUCUAUCUUCCCCUUCCCAAGGUGCCUGCAGUGUGACUGCAGAAUUAGCUGGAAGAAAUGAGGAAGUCAAAGAGGCAAGGACACUCCUCGAAGCAGGACCUUUCAGAUGAGCCUGUGAAGCUGUCAGAAAGGAUGGCUGUGUCUGAGAUCAAUAGACUGCAGAAACAGUUUCGAAUAGCAGCAGAGAAGAGGAAGUCUUACAGUACCAACCUGAAACAGCGAAUACUGGCCCAGGAAAAAGAAAUAGAAUCUCUGACUCAAGAACAGAGAAAGGUGUCACUAACAAGAGGCCAGAUCAUGUCCCUGAAAAAUAGGAUGCUGGAUGACAGAAAUCGCAAAGAGGCCCAAUACCUUUUGCAGAUCAGACAUCAGUAUGAUUGUCUGAUUAGAGAAAGAAAAGCAGCGUUAGCUGUCCUGGACAGCCAGAUAGAAGAGCUGGAAAAAAAGGUUGUGAUGCAAAACCUGAUAGCAAGGAAGGUGAAGCAAGCGAACCGUAGCAAACAGCUGCAGAAGCAGAUCGACACACUGGAGACGUGUCUGUACAAUGCCAAUGUCCAUUUCAAUACCAUCCUGGCCAAAAAUAACAAGCUUCAAGAAGAGAUUGAAAGCCUGCAAAUCCAGAAAGCUGUUUUGGACAACUCCUACUUCAAGCUCCAUACAAAGCUGGAGCAGCAGAAGAAAAGGAUGAACACUGCUGUUAAGCAAACCACACAAGCCUAUGAGCAGCUGUACGUGGCCUUGAGAACCCUGUGUGGCAAACUCAGCACUAAGAGG